UAUGCUGGAUGAUAAGUGUUAGUGCUAUCGUGCAUUCGCAUAAUUUUUGCUAAUGUUUUAAUUUCCUCAAAAAACAUGGUAAAUGUUAUGAAAGGUGUGCUUGUGGAAUGUGAUCCGGCUAUGAAACAGUUUUUAUUGCAUUUGGAUGAGAAGCUGGCGUUUGGAAGAAAAUUCAUCAUACAAGAUUUGGACGAAAGCCAUUUGUUUAUUUCAACAGACAUUGUGGAAGUGCUGCAGGCGCGUGUGGAUGAGCUAAUGGAUCGGAUCAGUUUCCCGUUGCAUGAAAAAGACGCUUAAAUCCAUCAAUUACAAAA